AUGUCUACGGCCCCUCAGACCAGCGCGGUCCCGUCCAUCCCGGCUGCCCCUCACCGUACAGCCUACACUGUCCUCUCCCAGACAUUCUUGAUCGAUUCGGCCUACGAAAUUUCCAAAGAAUUGGGCCAAGGAGCGUAUGGAUGUGUGGCUCAUGCGACUCAUAAGGCUACGGGUGAAGGAGUGGCCAUCAAAAAGAUUACAAAUGUCUUUAGCAAGAGGAUCUUGACGAAGAGAGCUCUGCGCGAGAUCAAGUCAGUGAGAAGGUCGACACUAUGCGCAAUGGUGGGAGCAGAAUGGCACUGGUCUGCGCUCGCGUGCUCAUGCUCUUGCCCCUCGCUGUGCUUUUCACACUCAGACUUUUGAGACAUUUCCGGGGACACAAGAACAUCACUUGUCUGUACGAUAUGGACAUUAUCAACCCCAACGAUUUCAACGAAGUCUAUCUGUACGAGGAGCCCAUGGAGGCUGAUCUUCACGCCAUCGUGAGUCUCGCACAGCAGGCUAGCAGCAGCUUGGAUGUAUGCUACGGAUCUGCUCGAACGUGCCCAUCUGACACUUGCUUUUCCUCGCCCACAGAUUCGAUCUGGACAGCCGCUUUCGGACGCACACUUCCAAUCAUUCAUCUAUCAGACGCUAUGCGGUCUGAGAUACAUUCACUCGGCCAGCGUGCUCCAUCGAGAUCUCAAGCCGGGUAAGUCGUCGGGCGCUCGAGUCGUCGUCCCUGGCGCUUGCUGCCAACUUGGCAACUCGCCCUGAUCCUUUUCGACUCCUUUGUUUCCCUCUCUAGGAAAUCUGCUGGUGAAUGCCGACUGCGAAUUGAAAAUUUGCGAUUUCGGACUGGCUAGAGGUUUCGAGACGGAUGCUGAGUUGGCUGCCAAGGGUGGACAGCCCGCCGGAGGCUUCAUGACCGAAUAUGUCGCUACGCGUUGGUACAGAGCUCCCGAGAUUAUGCUCAGGUGAGUAGAAGAGGCGAUGACGAGAGGAUCGCAGCUGUAGGUGGAUCGUACUUGUCAUGCGUGGCUGGCCGAAGCACACUGUUGGAAGCAUGCUUGACGAGAGCAGCGGUGCGCAUGGGGACGCGAAGCUGGCCAACGCUUUGACGCCCAAGCUUGAGUCGAACCAUCAAUGUUGGCCCUCAGGGAUAGAGAGCAGCAAGGGCUUCACCUUCUCUCGAGGAGUCUGGCAGUGCUCUCCAAGCCCGCGCAGCGUUAAACUCUUUCGUUGCGUUUUUUGACUCAAUUUCGCUCAUCCUUCUUGCCAAUUUGCACCUCGCAGCUUCCAAAAUUACACUACAGCGAGUGAGUCCGGCUGACUUGUUCGAAACUUUGAGCCUGCGACGCGCCCAAUGAGCUUGUGGAGCACAAUGAGCUUGUGGAGCGAUCGACUAACCCGCACCUUUCCAUCUGGCCCCCCUCGCGCACGCGCCAAGUCGACAUUUGGUCCGUGGGCUGUAUCCUUGCUGAGCUGCUGGGUGGAAAGCCAAUCUUCAAGGGCAGAGACUAUGUCGAUCAGCUCAAUCAGAUCCUGCACUACCUCGGAACCCCUUCAGAAGAGACCUUGAGAAGGGUAGGCUCUCCAAGGGUGAGCCGCUCUUGGCGCAGAGUGGUGCUUGGCCCGAAGAUGCUUGAUGCUGAGUACUGACCGCGCUUUCUUUCACCUCGACAGGCGCAAGAUUACAUUCGCUCGCUUCCCUUUAAAGCUCGCAUUCCGUUUUCUUCUCUAUACCCAAGCGCCAAUCCGCUCGCUCUAGACCUCCUCGAGAAGAUGCUAGCAUUUGACCCCGCUAGACGCAUCAGCUGCUCAGACGCGCUUAGGCAUCCUUAUUUGGCAGUCUGGCACGACCCGGCAGACGAGCCGACUUGCCCUUCAAAGUUUGAUUUUGGAUUCGAAAGCGUGGAAGAGGUGGAAGGUAUGAAGAGGUUGAUUUUGGAGGAGGUGUCGAGUUUCAGGAACGAAGUGCGCGUGAGGGCUAGAGCUCAACAGCCAAGAAGGCAGGAAAGGUGAGUGGCGAGCGUGCAUGUGGGACUCGUCAUUCCGCCUCCAGUACACCUUGUGCUCACACGCAUACAAUCGCCUCUCUGAUCCGCCCACAUCAUCAGUCUGCCUGUUCCUACCCGCGAAGAAUUGCAAAGAUCUUCCCCUACGGACCCGACAGCGCCCAACUCGCACCUCAUUGGCGCUUCGUCUGGUAUCAUUCAAGGAGGAGCCACACAGGCCGGAGAAGGCAACGCGGGCCAGGUGCUCGAUGACGCGCAGAUGCUCGAGGAUCCAAGCGGUGAGAUGACCCCGCAGGAGACAGAAUGGAGAGUCUGGUCAAGAUGCUCUUCGACUCAACCCUUUUUUUCUUUGUUUUGGUAUCCUUCACAGAGGCGUUUGAAAGAGAGCUGACGAGACAACAAUGA